AUGACAGUCAUCAACAAACCUGUAUCAGAUUACCAAAAAAUUUUAUCAAAUAAAAAGAUAAAGGAAAUCAUUAUACUUGACCAUGAAAAUGAAAAUCAAAAUGAUUUUAGAAACUCAUUAAUACUGUUCUUUUUAGGAUUUAUCUUUGUGGUGCCAUUCAUUGUAAAUGUAAAAUAUGUUCAAAGCUUUAAUAGAAAGGCCAGAAUAGUGUCCAUUAUUUCAAUGGUUCUCUUUGUACCUUUUGCAAUUUUUUUAAUAUUAUUAAUUAUCAUUUUAAUCAUAUUUAUAAUUUUUGAAGUUAACGACUUCUCUCUUUACUAA